AUGGAUGAACCCAUCGUGAAGGCUUGGUGGCGGCAGCGUCGUAGGCGACUCGGCAAGGAAGCCGCCGAGCAGAAAUCCCAGCUGGCGCGUUGGGAGGAGGACUACAACCUCGAGGAGUGCCCGAAGCUCGCACCCUUCGACGAGUACUUACAAAUGUCGAUCCAGUUCGGCUUCGUCACGCUGUUCGUGGCCGCAUUUCCCCUGGCGCCCCUGUUCGCGCUCAUCAACAACGUCUGCGAGAUCAGGCUCGACGCGUACCGCUACAGCAAGCGGCUGCGACGUCCUGUCGCUGAGAGGGCGCCAAACAUCGGUGCAUGGCAAGCCAUUCUGAGGCUCCUUGCACGCUGUGCCGUUAUUUGCAAUGCGUUCCUGAUCGCCUUCACGAGCGAGUUCAUCCCGCGACUCGUGUACCAGGUGCGUCACAGCAAGGGGCUCAGUCUGAGCGGCUACGUCAACUUCACGCUGGCCACGUUCGACACCAGUGACUUCGACGACGCGCACCGACCAAACAAAAGCACGCUCAACGGCGAACUCGUGCGGGAGUGCAGGUACGUUGGGUUUCGCGAGCCAUCGGGCACUGAGAAUGAGUACCAGCUGUCAGGCACCUUCUGGGUCAUCACCACCGCCCAACUAUGCUUCGUCAUCAUCUUCGAGGUGACAUUUGCGCACUAAUUUCGUGUACUA